AGUCGAACGUCAGUUCAGCAUUUGCGUCAUGUUUAUUUGUGUUCUUCGUGGCGAAUAGGAACGCGAUAUAUUCGUUAGAUUUUGCAUUAAUUAAACCUUAAUUUAAGUAUCAUUUCAUCCGAAAAUGACACUCAAACGAGCCUUCUAUCGAACCGGUGACGCUAUUUGUGAUGAAAUUCUUGGACUGCUUGAAAAAUUCGCCAACGAAACACUCGCUAAGCAGGAUAAGUUCCGUCUAGGUGUAUCGGGUGGCUCAUUGGCGGACAUUCUAUGUGAGGGUAUGUCAGAUCUGCGGUCCGAUUUCAGCAAAUGGCAGAUAUUCUUCUGUGACGAGCGAGUUGUCCCGGUGGCAGAUAAGGAAUCAACGUUCGGCAUUUUUAAGCGAGAUCUGCUUGCGAACUGUGAUAACAUUCCGGAAAAUGUAUUCUUCCCGGUGAAUACUUCGCUGGACGUAAAUGAAGCUGCAGUAGAUUACGAACGUACGAUACGUAAAACGUUUGGGUUGGAUAAACCCGAAGAUGUACCCUCGUUUGAUCUACUGAUAUUGGGUAUUGGGCCCGAUGGGCAUACGGCAUCACUGUUUCCUGGCCAUCCACUGCUCGAGGAGAAGAAGAAAUUGAUCGCCCCGAUCGAAAAUUCUCCGAAACCACCACCAAAACGUGUCACCAUGACGUUGCCGUUGAUUAACAAUGCCAAGGUGUGCCUGUUUGGUGCACAGGGCGGUGGAAAAGCGGAAAUGCUGAAGCGUAUAGUAGCAGACAGGGACACUACAUUGCCGGCCACGCUGGUCGAUCCUCCCAAGGGUGAACUCAUCUUUGUUGCCUGCGAUGCAGCUGCCGCCCUUAUAGAAGGAGACCCAUUUCCACGAUCGUAAAACCAUUCCGCACUAGAUUCCUUCUUUCCCGGUGCCUUAAAAGUGUAUCAAACUGUGCAGCUGCUUAUGCGUGACUAAACCCAACAUUUAACCAUGGCAUUUUACAACACCUGACGGCGGUCGUCGGUGUGCCCGAUCGGUGGCGGAUUGGCUUUUAUUUUAUUCUAUCUUGUGUGUACAAUAAAUUACAACCAAUACUAAAGAA